CUCUCUUUUGGGCUCUCCCCCUUUUAUGUAAUCGAUUUGGAGUAUUUGCUCCAACAAGUAGUUUCCAGUCUUGAAGUCAGCAUGGAGAUGAAUUCCUCAGCGCUUUGUGCUUUGGCUAUUGUUCUGUUGGCAUUUGUAGAUUUGAAAAUAGUCUCUGCUGCUGAAACUGGAGGCAAAUCUACAGGUGAGUUGUUCUAAUUACUUUGCAUUAUUUGUCAUGAAACAGAUACUUUUUUGAAGUAGCGCCUACUACAUUUGACUGCUUUGUUGUAGGCCUACCUAUGUGGUGUGAGACACACUAGCCUAUAGUUGUGCAUAGGCACCUUUGCAACCUAUUUUGUUGUUUCUUACAAAAAAUACAAGCCAGCCAUCAUGACUUUAAUUUGCUAGUUGAAAGAAUCCAGCCUACUUAGAAAUUUUACGUACAUUUUAAGCAUACACUGAGUGUGCAUGUGAACUAUAAAGCUUCAGUUGAGAAAAAACAUGAGGUCAAAUUGUUUUGUAACAUUGCCGCAAGGUUGCUAUGGUACUGCGUAAUUACACCAUAAUUAACUUGAUUUGAGGUCUCCACAGUUCACUCCAACAAUUCCUCCUGCUCUCUCACAGUACCGAUCCUCCAGAAGGCAGGUCACUGCCCGCGGCUUCUGAACGUCGUGCCGUCACACAAGGGAUGCGUCUGCGAUGAGGACUGUCCUGGAGAUGACAAGUGCUGUGUCUUUGACUGUGGUGCCGUGUGUGUCCCACCUGCCUUCAGUAAGAACCUGACUGGUUGAUUUACAGUGUUCAGAAUGCUGUCAUCCAUUUUCAUGGGUGAUGUGGGGAAAACAUUGAUGAUGGAAGCCAAAUGACUCCUAUACUUAUUUAGACACAAAAAUACUUGGGGUAUAGUCUGCAGUCUUCCCACAAAUGCAAAUGCUAACCAUCUCCACACAAAUAUGACAGAUUUUCAGAAAAUGGUUCAGUCCAAUUGUAUCCAUAUGUUCAUGUCCCUUUGCAGUAAGUUGGGUUCCCUGACAUGUCUGCUCUGCAAAUUGUGUACCAAAAGCAAAGCCAGGAGUGUGCCCUCGCAGACUAUGGGGCUCAGGGAUGUGUGCUGAGUUCUGUUCCAACGACAGUGACUGCGCCAAUGAUGAAAAAUGCUGCCACAACGGAUGUGGGCAUGAGUGCAUUGCACCUUACACAGGUAGGAUAUGGUCCCAAAGUGACAGACACGACCUAUCCAUUGCAUUCAUUAUUGCUGCAUUACUCCGGAAACAAGAAAGCUGGGCUUGUUAUGUACAUGUCAUGCACAUGGGAAGAUAUAUUUCACAUACACUCUUUUUAGAGCUGAGACACUUCAGAAUAAUUCCCAGAGCCAUGUCUGCUUAUAGAGUCUAUAUAGAGUCUCGAGCAUUUUAAUAGUAAGACUUCAAAUGGGAAGAGUCAGUGUAGACUGACAAGUUGCUACUAUAGACCUAUGUUGCGACAGUAUAACUGAACACCUUUUUUUCUGUUACCAUAGUGAAGCCCGGUCGAUGUGCCCUGCCCAAGGGGACCCCCAUGUGUGCUGAGUACUGUUACCAUGACGGUCAGUGCCCAGAGGAACAGAAGUGUUGCCGGACAACCUGCGGCCACGCCUGUAGCGAGCCAUGCUCAUAGGACAGCAAGGUUUGGGUCGGGAAAUUAGUGACAACGCUAAUAGACUCCUCAAAUCCUUCAUUUCAACAAAAAAAUAAGAGUUCUCUUCCAAGAACAGGAAUGCUUCAGGUUUUUUUUUCUUUACUUGUUUGUAUUCCAAUCAAUAAAAUGGUCUGUGUAGCCUUUAAAUACA